UGAGCUUUGAUUUUCCAGGUAUCCUAGUCAUGCUCGCAUGUGGAUGGCACCUAUGAGGUCUGGAUUGGGAGACCAAAAAAUGGAUGACUAUGAGGUUGCUAUGAAUGAUUGGCACAAUUUUGUGGAUGAGACUAAAACCUACUAUGGUGUUGAUAUGAGUGUUCUGACAAAGCCUUACGAUGGUGAGCAGAAGAAGUACUAUCUACAGACAUCAUUGUGGAACAAUCUUCAUCCGCAGCAAGUCAUAGGGACACCUGCUAUCAUCAAAGAGAUAGAUUGUUUAACAGCCUCAGUACAUGACAUUAUUGAUGUCAGAAGUACUUUUUCGUCAUCACUCACCGAGAGAACAAGGCUCUGUGGUUUUGCUGGAUGGUUUGAUGUCCAUUUUCGAGGAAGCAAAGACAAUCCAGCAAGGCGUGAGAUUGAAUUGACAACUGCUCCUAGCUUAGAUAAUGGGACACAUUGGGGCCAGCAGGUAUUCCUUUUGCAUCCUCCUAUUCGGGUUGGGGAAGAGGAUGAUAUAAGUGUCUCCUUCUCAAUGAAUCGUUCUAAAGAAAACCAUCGAUUAAUGGAGGUUGAACUCGGAUGUGAGAUGAGGCAGUUGCCUGGGAAGCAGCAGCUUCCACGCUUCACUAGAAAGUUCUAUAUAGAAUAAGAAAAUGUCAGAAGUAUUUUGAUUUCACACUAAAAGAAGAGACGACGGCUGAACCUGAAAGUACACAUUGGGCAACUCUUGAGGUUAAACAUUUUUACUUAUAAGGUCUUGAGCCUCCUUUCCCUUUUGUCUUUUUUGCUGUAUUGGGAAUGAUUAACUACCAUAAGGGAAUGUGUUUUAUGUAAUCUGGGCCUGAUACUCUCAUCUUAACUUUAUCAGAAUUUUGGUUUGCAU